CAUUGUUCGGCAACUCGAUUGAUUGGUGUUGUCGUCCUCCAAUGGGGAUCCGGAUGCUGUUCGGCCUCAUUGCUCCUGGUCRGCUAGGGACGAGAUUUAUGGCACCAGCCCAAGGACAAACAGAUGUGUCAACACAACGGGCUGCCACUUGUAACAUYGGCUUUUUCUACAAAAGGAUAAAACCAACACUUCGAGUGGGCCAAAGAGCUUUGGUAAGAGGAAAGACUGUCAACAUGGAAGAGCGUGGAAGUACUUGCGUGUCUACUACUACUACUAGUGCCGACAGCUCUGUUGCAACUAGACCCAAAAAAAUCUCCUAUGGACAUGCUAUGGUGAAGGCGAUUGGUGGAAAGAAGAAGAAAGUGCAGAUAUUGUUUAUUGGGAAGCUAGAGUAUCCUGGAGCUCACGGGAUCGGGGGUGUGUGGUGUGUGCUCUCUCCAAAUUCGAGUCGAUUCCCGGAAAAAAAGCACCAUAGUGCCAAGCCCUGCUCGUUUCCUGCUCUGGCUGCUACUCGUCCCGGGCCAUCUCCCCCAAGCCCCCCCGGUGGCACAACGGGGACGGCCCUCGGGGCCUUCGUUCUCCUCGCUUUUCGUCACUCCGGACCCGGGCUUCCCCCCGCCCGGCCAGAGGGGUGCAGGCCCGGGGCUUUGGAUUCGGCCCCCCGUAGGCCGAGCAGACGUAGUCCAGGAGGCUGUCGCCGAUCYKGUCCUGGAGGUCGUCGCUGUGGACCCCGUCGGCAACGAUCCACGGAACGUACGUGUGGGGGGGAUCCAGGGCGGCCGUGCGCUCUGCGAGCGAGUGGACCAGGGCGUUGCCCUCGGCGCCCAAAUAGCAGGCGCGGAUGGCCUCUYCGGUGGCCCCUUCCAGCCCYGCGCUCAAGGCGCACUUUGUGGCGACGGCGUCGUAGUCCUGGUCGGGCUCCCGGUUCUCGUCCGAMRUCUCGACGCAGUAGAGGAAGGAAAAGGCUUUCGUGGGGGAUUCGAUCUUGUCCAGGGCGCAGGCCUCCAUKGCGUUGUAGGUGCACUCGGAGGGCCCGUGCUGGCACUCGAAGUGGAAGGUCCCGCUCGGUUCGUCGGGGCCGGACUCGACGGCGUUUCCGUAGGGGACGAGGACGACCUCGGCCAUGUCCAGAAAGCCCUCCGUCGAGAAGGCCUCGAAAAAGGAGCCCGUCARGACCUCUCGGCAGCCGGGGCACUGGGAUUCGUAGUAGAGCUCGACGACGACCUUUCCGUCCCCGUUUUUUCCGGUGGGUUUCCGGAGGCUUCCCCGGUUCCUCCCAWCGACUAGGGUGGCGCGGACGAGAACCCCCGAUAGGAGGACGACCAACGCGGUGCACAAGAGAAGGCUCUGCAUCGCAGGUCCACAGSAAUGUUUU